AUUAUCAAACAUUUAGACAGAAUAUACUGAUUUACUGGACAUUUUUUUAAAGUGAAGCAAACCAUGAGGACAUGGGACAUAUACAAGCUACUGAAAUGAACUGAGAUCACAAACAUCAUUUUAGCCAUGGAAAAGGGUAAAAAUAGAACUGGCAAAGAAGAAUGGGAAUGGAAAACACAACUGGAGCACAAUGGUCAUGUUGUAUUUACAGUUCUUUAAGCAUAUUAUAGUACACUACAAAUUACUAGCAUACAAGUUCAUACAGUUAAUUACAGAAGAGUCAUUGCUUUAUGUUAAAAAAAAGUGCAGCAUUAUGCACUAUUAACUUGCAAACUAUAAGUUAAAAGAGCUUUGUAGCAAACUAUGGGGCUGUAUCUGUGCUAUGCCAUAGUCAUAUGCAUUUCAGCUGUUCCCUAGCAGUAGGGGGUAACAAUGGUUUUCCAAGAUAAUUACAAAGGGAGACAACAUAGAAAAUGUCUCUGGAUGCAAUCAGGCUGUUCUGUCACCAGAAAUGUACUGAUUCAGUGUACACAUUUUAAUGGGAGAAAAAAACUGUUAAUUUGUUAAAAUCUUGCUACAUUUGGUUGUCAGAACAUUUCUAUUUUCUAAUUCUGCAAAUUAAGUGGAGUUUUUUUUACCACUCUAUUAGAUGUUGUAUUGCAUUUAAUAUUUUUUUUACAGAAAAUAGUGACUUUAGCGAUACUUUCCCUAUAGCCACCAGCAAGUUAACAUGAUUGGAUUUUAGAGAAAUGUCACCACAAAUAUUGCAUAGACUGGCAUUAUAUGUAAAGCUAUCCAUUGCACCAAGUGGAAAUACCAUUGCAAUUCUUAUAUGUGCAUGCCAAUUGCUCUCUGAUUAUCUUAUGCGUUUGCCCUUAAACGUUUUCAGAACCUUCAACUUUCAGCAUUUAUUGCCGUUUUAAACUGAAUAGUUUCAGACUGUUCACUAUGGGCUGGCAAGGACACUCAUCAAAGUGAUGAGUUGAUUCUGUUCAUCUGGACAUAACGUUUUUAGUGGAAGAAAAGUUUCGUGACUCAUCCAGGUGACUUCUUCAGUCUCAGCUGACUGCAGGUUUCCCCAACCUUAUAAACUGUACAUUUGCAUAAUGAAUGAAACUAGCACCACUGUUGAGCAAUGUGAGGCUGUGAGGUCGGUUUCUUGAUCAUUAAUAUGCAAACUGUCAUCACCAUUGAUCAACAACCACCGAUCAAUGGCUGUUCUGUUAUCACUAAGAGUUGUAAAAUGUUUUAUGACUAAAAUAUUAUUCUCAGUUGUUAUUCAUUAUGUGUUUACAGCGCCCUCUGUGGUUGCUCCAAGUAAUGCACUUUAGAAACGGCUUUAUGUUGAAAAAAAAACUUUAUUGAACAGGAAGUCCGCUCAGUCAAGCAAAGCAAGCGAACAAGGAGAAGGGAAACAUAUCGGCACACAGUUUAUGCUGUCCUGUUGGAAAAAAUACUGUCCACAUCUUCUGUUUAUGGUUGUAUCGCCGUUUUACUCUUUUGAAUGUCAGUAAACCUGUUGACAACGAUCAUCGGUCUCCAGAGUGGUGAUAUGAGAAAGGUGUUAACGCCCCUGCAUCAGACAUGCACCCAUAACGGCACAGUAAAACGGCGGCAUCCGCACGAACAAAGAUAACGCAGUCAUCGCACGCUAGAGUGAAGCUGACCACUACUACGCCUCGGAGCAACACGGCAUACAGCAGUGAGCCAGCAGUCAUCUAGUCAACUCCACCAUGUCCAGUAAGGCGUCAUCCCUCAAGACCCGGUCUGAAGCUUCGUGUGCCUCCUCUACAGGUUCUGCAGCAGCCAAAGCCAGAGCAAAAGCUGAGGCAGCAAAGGCACGUCUCAGCUUCGCAGCUAAAGAAAUGGAUUUGAAGGUAGAAAAAGCACAAAUAGAAGUAGCAAAAGCUAAAGUCGAGGCAUCCAUUGAAUAUUUACAGCAUGAAAAAGAUGUAGCCUCAGCCAUUGCUGAAGCAGAGUCAUUAGAAGCAGCUGCUGCUGCACAGACAGAAACACGCAGCAACAUCUGUCCCUCAGUAACAGCAGAACGAACUAAACAAUAUGUUAUUGGCCAAUCUGCAUUUGUGAGAAAAGAAAAUGAUGCUGCUCUUCAACAAUCAAAAAAUGAAAGUGUAACACAAAGUAAACCAGUGCUCACCUGUGAUCAGCCACCAAGCCCUAAAAAAGAAAAUGACCCACAAAAAAUUCCAAUUGGUCUACCAGAUGAUCCUGACUGUUGCCAAAAAACUCCAGUCAUUUCCCCUUCUCCUAAUGAUAAUAAAAAUUACAGUACCAAUUGGUCAAAUCAGGUGUCAGCAUCUAGCUUCCAUGAUGCUAGACCUUUAUACAAGGAGCCUAGAGAAUCAAAUGUGAGUGACUUCAUCAGAUACUUUGCUCGUCGUGAAAUAGUGGCAACAGGGCUGCUCCAGUUUAAUGACAAGCCCCAAAACUUCAGAGCUUGGAAACGCUCAUUUGAAAACGCUAUAAGUGGGUUAGAUCUAACGGCAAGUGAAGAAAUGGACUUAAUGUUAAAAUGGCUUGGCAAGGAAUCGGCUGAACAUGCAGAACAACUGAGAGCCAUACACAUCAACAACCCAGUCAAUGGCCUCAACAUGAUAUGGGACAGACUUGAACAAUGUUACGGCUCAGCUGAAGUGAUCGAGGAUGCACUGUUUAAAAGAAUUGAUGCUUUCCCCAAAAUCUCAUCCAAAGACUUUGCAAAACUGAGAAAAUUUAGUGACCUGCUCAUGGAAGUGCAGUGUGCUAAAGCUGAAGGAGACCUCCCCGGUCUCGCAUUCCUAGAUACAGCAAGAGGAGUAAAUCCAAUCAUUCAAAAACUCCCCUUCUACCUGCAAGAAAGGUGGAUCACAGUAGGUGCCAACUACAAACGCACGAAAUGUGUCUCCUUCCCACCAUUUAGUGUUUUAGUAAACUUUGUUGCACAAGAAGCUGAUGCUAGAAACGACCCGAGCUUUAACCUCACACCAUCACCUGAUGCACCCAGACCAGACAAACUACCUUGGAGAGCAAACAGACAAAAAGAGAUUUCUGUGCACAAAACUGAUGUCAUCUCUCGCUCUAGUUCAGACACACAGAGGUCCCUGAACAAAACUGUAGAUAGUGAAAAGCUUUGUCCAAUUCACAAGAAAGCCCAUCCUCUCUCAGUGUGCAGAGCAUUUCGCAUGAAAACACUGUUAGAUAGGAAAACGUUCUUAAAAGAAAACGACUUUUGCUUCAGAUGCUGUGCCUCAUCUUCACACAUAGCAAAGAACUGUAAAGCCAAGGUACAGUGUUCCGAGUGCAACGAUGAGAGACACUGCACAGCUCUCCACCCAGGACCAGCUCCCUGGCUAAAAGAAACCGAACCGGCAGCAGAGCAUGGCGGGGAGCCUGACAUCAUUGAAUCAGAGGAGAUCACUUCUAAAUGCACUCAGGUUUGUGGUGUGAAUGAAGCAGGCAGAUCAUGUUCUAAAAUCUGUCUCGUUAAUGUCUACCCAGCAGGCCACCCACAUCAAGCAGUGAGGCUUUAUGCCAUUCAUGAUGAACAAAGUAACAGAUCAUUAGUACGUCCUGAGUUCUUCGAGUUGUUUAAUGACUGUGGCCCUAGUUCCCCUUACUCGCUUAAGACAUGUGCAGGUACCAAAGAGACAAUGGGUAGAAGAGCUACAGGUUAUGUAGUGGCAGCUUUAGAUGGUUCAGUCCACAUCCCACUGCCUAGCCUAAUCGAGUGCAAAAAUAUCCCAAAUGACAGAGACGAGAUCCCCACACCCAGUGCAGCUAGACACCACAGCCAUCUAAAGUCAGUGGCUCACCUCAUUCCUGCCUUGGACUCUAACGCCCCCAUACUAAUGCUUCUCGGACGGGAUGUCAUUAGAGCUCACAAAGUCCGCAAACAGAUAAGUGGCCCUAACAACGCACCUUAUGCUCAAAAAUUGGACCUAGGAUGGGUCAUAGUAGGAAACGUGUGUUUAGGCGACGUCCACAAAACUCCUGCAGUAAGGACUCUGUUCACAAAUACAACUGAAAGGGGACGUCCCACAGCGUUCAAGCCAUGUCCUAAUGUUUUCAACAUAAAAGAGAAACAUUGUGGGAUACAAGUUCCACUCAACUUCAGCCCCCAGCUUGCAGACAGUGCUUGUGAACCUGAUCAUUUAGGAUGUAAUGUGUUCAAACAAACGAGAAACGACAACUACAUCUCACCUUCCAUCCAGGACAAUGCCUUCUUAAAAAUAAUGGAGGAAGGACUAACAAAGGACACGAAUAACAGUUGGACAGCUCCUUUACCAUUUAAGAAUCCACGCCGAAAGCUCCCUAACAACAGACCACAGGCCCUGAAUCGCCUAAUGUCUCUUCUUCGUACCUUUGAAAAGAAAAAAGAGAUGAAGGAACAUUUCAUCACUUUCAUGGACAAAAUAUUCCAAAACAAACAUGCAGAGGUUGCCCCUCCACUAAAAGAGGAUGAGGAAUGUUGGUAUCUGCCACUAUUUGGUGUCUACCAUCCCCGUAAACCCACGCAGAUCAGGGUCGUCUUCGACAGCAGCGCCAAGUAUGAAGGCGUAUCCCUGAAUGACGUUCUGUUAACAGGACCAGAUUUUAAUAACUCAUUGCUUGGGGUCCUAUUACGCUUCAGAAAAGAAGCCAUUGCCUUCACAGCAGACAUCGAACAGAUGUUCUACUGUUUCAGCGUGCGAGAGCAAGACAGGAACUACUUACGUUUCUUGUGGUUCCGCGACAAUGACAUUUCCAAAGAAAUUGUGGAGUAUAGAAUGACAGUCCACGUCUUUGGGAACAGCCCAUCGCCAGCAGUGGCCAUAUAUGGCCUGCACCAGUCUGUCCUACGCGUCGAACCAGACUGCGAUGCAGAUGUGAAGCAGUUUGUCAUGCGCGACUUUUACGUUGAUGACGGACUCAAAUCUCUACCUACUGUUGAAAAGGCCAUAUCUCUACUCCAAAGAACCCGAGAUGCACUUGCAAACUCAAAUUUAAGACUGCAUAAAAUAGCAGCAAACAGAAAGGAAGUACUAGAGGCAUUCCCGACUCAAGAUCAUGCCAAAAAUCUAAAAAACCUGGACUUUGAAGCUGAUUCAGUGCCCAUGCAGCGUAGCCUAGGUCUCCUCUGGGACCUAAGUAAAGACUGCUUCACCUUUGAAGUAUCUGAUGAGUCAAAGCCCUUUACUAGGCGAGGUGUUCUAUCAACAAUAAACAGCCUCUAUGAUCCGCUGGGCUUUGUAGCACCAGUCACCAUACAGGGAAAGUCAAUUCUUCGUGAACUUACAGCUGAAAAUGGGGACUGGGAUGCUCCACUGCCUCCUGAAAUGGAAGAGUCCUGGACACAGUGGAAAGACUCACUCAAAGACUUGUCUAACAUGAUCAUUCCUAGGGCAUACACAGACAUUUCACCUUCAACAGCUGUGAAAAAAGAGUUGUGUGUUUUUUCAGACGCAUCUACCAAAGCCAUAGCCGCAGUGGCCUAUUUAAAAGUGACAGAUGCAGAAGGACACAGUCAAGUAGGCUUCGUAAUGGGUAAGGCUAAGCUAGCACCACGCCCAGAUCAGACUAUUCCAAGAUUAGAGCUUAGUGCUGCCGUUUUAGCGGUUGAGCUCGCAGAUCUUAUCUCAGAUGAACUUGACUGUAAACUAGAUCACACUACCUUCUACACAGACAGUAAAGUAGUCCUAGGUUACAUCUACAACGAGUCUAGAAGAUUUUAUGUCUAUGUCAGUAAUCGUGUGACUAGAAUCCGCAGAUCUUCUCAGCCAUGCCAGUGGCACUAUGUAGCAAGCAGUCAGAACCCUGCGGAUCACGCCACUCGUUCUGUUCCUGCAUACCAGCUGCCACUUAGUAACUGGCUCACUGGUCCUGACCUUUUGCAUCAGAUUCAGAGUUCUCUAAAUGACUCCUAUGACCUUGUAGAGCCCAGCAUGGACUCAGAUGUAAGACCUCAGGUAACUGCACUCAAAACAACAGCCUCAACUAAAGAACUGGGCUCAGACAGAUUCACCAAGUUUUCUACCUGGAAAUCCCUCACACGUGCUCUUUCUAGACUAAUACAUGUCAUCCACAACUUCAAAUCACCACCAAGCAAAGCCAAUCACUGCCAUGGCUGGCAUUACUGUGAAACGGGACUUACUGUGGAUGAGUUAAACCAAGCUCAGAACCUUGUCAUUCAAGCAGUACAGCAGGACGUGUACGCUGAAGAAAUCAAGUGUGUGCAAAAACAUGGAAAACUACCCAAAACCAGUCCUCUCAAAAACUUAGACCCCUAUCUGGACAAAGAAGGACUCCUUAGAGUAGGUGGUCGCAUCAGAGACUCAAACAUUAGCCAAGGUGAGAAAAACCCUCUCAUAGUUCCUGGCCACCACCAUGUUGCAGCGCUUCUCAUAAAGCACUACCACGAGCAGACCCAGCAUCAGGGUCGCCUUUUCACAGAAGGAACCGUUCGCUCCGCAGGAUGGUGGAUAGUGGGCGGUAAAAGAAAAGUGAGCACAAUCAUCCAUCACUGUGUUACCUGCAAAAGACUUCGUGCCCCUUUGAGCACACAAAAAAUGUCAAACCUCCCUCCAGACCGUCUCACAACAGAUCCCCCGUUCACAAAUGUGGGCUUAGAUGUGUUUGGUCCGUGGUUUGUGUCUUCACGACGUACAAGAGGAAGCGUCAAUCAGAAUAAAAGGUGGGCUGUCAUAUUCACUUGUUUGAGUAUUAGAGCAGUUCACAUUGAAGUGGUAGAGUCACUUGAUACAUCUAGCUUCAUUAAUGCAUUCCGACGAUUUCUGGCCAUGAGGGGACCAGUGAAAACUGUUCGCUCUGAUCGAGGCACCAAUUUUGUAAGCGCAUGUAAAGAACUGAAAAUCCCUUCAAACUUGGACAACACAGCUGUGCACACCUUCUUAAAAGAACAUGGAUGUAAAUGGACUUUUAACCCACCUCAUGCCUCCCAUUUCGGCGGAUCGUGGGAAAGAAUGAUAGGUUUAGCACGGAGAAUUUUGGACUCUAUGUUUUUUCAGCUUAAGACCACCAAACUCACUCAUGAGGUUCUCGUCACUUUCAUGGCAGAGGUGGCUGCUAUCAUAAACUCUAGACCCCUUGUCCCGGUUUCAUCAGACCCGAGUGACCCCUUUAUCUUGACUCCAGCUGUUCUCCUGACUCAAAAGUUAGCACCCCUUCAGGCUCCAGCUGAAAAAUUCACAGCAUCAGACCUCUACAAACAUCAGUGGCGCCAGGUUCAGCACCUGUCGAACAUCUUCUGGGGCAAAUGGAGAAGAGAGUUUCUUCCUACCCUCCAGCCACGCCGCAAAUGGCAAUCAAGCCAGCCUAACGUGAGCUUAGGAAGUGUUGUGGUACUCAAAGACAGUCAAGUGCCAAGAAAUGAAUGGCCCCUAGGUCUCAUAACUAAGGUGUUCCCAAGUAAAGAUGGUAAAAUACGUACCGUGGAAAUUAAGGUAGCCAAAUCAGAUGGUACAAAAGUGUUAACCAGACCUAUCUCAGAGAUUGUACCUUUGGUGCCUUCUUAACAUGUUGUUUUCCCCAAUAUUUAAAUGUGGCGUUUAUUCACGCCAGGCGGGGAGUGUUCUGUUAUCACUAAGAGUUGUAAAAUGUUUUAUGACUAAAAUAUUAUUCUCAGUUGUUAUUCAUUAUGUGUUUACAGCGCCCUCUGUGGUUGCUCCAAGUAAUGCACUUUAGAAACGGCUUUAUGUUGAAAAAAAAACUUUAUUGAACAGGAAGUCCGCUCAGUCAAGCAAAGCAAGCGAACAAGGAGAAGGGAAACA